CACUCGUCUGGACUACUACUAGUAGCUAGUCUGAUGGGAAACCCUAAAACGCGUCGUGUGCUAGCUGGAAAGCAGCAAGAAAGUCUUGUGGGGCUUGUUGCGUUGUUGGGUUUUGGCGGCAGUCAAAUCCCGAGCUUGGCCACCGAGGGGAAGACACCAGCCAUUCCCUGGAAAGAGAGACUCUUGUCUUGCUUCAUCCUGUAACCAAAGAACAGCAUUGCUUUGGAUCAUCAAAAGUCGGCUUUGUCAAUAGCAAGCCUUUGAACCAAAAGAUUGUCAGGGUUGACUUCAUCCUUAGUUAAGCUUUUCUCUUGGGCUCUUCGAAGAAAAGGAGACUCAGGGUAUCAGAAGUGUUUGUUGUUCUCAAAGAGCACUUACCGGAACUUGAGAGGAUAGAAUAGCAUUAGAUCGGAGAGCCGUUGCCUGUGGCUCACCAUCAACCCAAUCAACAAUCCACACAGCACCACCCAUUGUCCUGGGAAAGAUCCCAAUCUUUCCAUUAGCCUGUCCUAUCCCAAUCUGCAUGCUGGAUAGAAGAAGAGCAGAACACAACCGGUGCCUUCACUUACCCAUCACUGCGUAGUCCUUGAGUAGCUGGUAGCUCCAGAUAUCCCCUCAUCUGCAGCCAAUCACAUAUACACACUGCUGAAAACCAUUCAAUCCACAGUGCCGCCCUCAUAUAUCGCCCCUCCCGACAAUGUCAUCAUGGGACUCUGCACCGGAAGAAGGUGCCGCCAUGGUCCAGCAAGAUUUUGAUGGCGUAGUCCGAAAGAUCACUAUUGACGAAGCCAUUGAUCGGCUCGCAAAAGGGCGAUUCCAACGAAGGCUACUCUAUGCUUCCGGGGUAUGCAAUGGUGUCAAUGCCAUGGCAGUCAUGGCUUUGAGCUUUAUCAGAAACGCCAUUAUCAUUGAAUUUAAUAUCAGCAUUGACCAGUCAAGUUGGUUUGAAAGCAGUGUCUUCUUUGGGAUCUUGUUUGGUACAUUGGCUUUUGGACCGCUGGGGGAUCGAGUAGGGAGAAAACCAAUGUUUCUUCUCUCAUCCACCAUCACGGCUGUUUGUGGACUAGCCAGUGCCUAUGCUCCCACAUUUGAAGCACUGGUGUUACUACGGUUUGGCGUGGGCAUUGGUGUUGGAGGGACAGUCAUCCCAUUUGAUACCUUGGCAGAACUGACACCCAGUCGCUUCCGAGGAGCCUUUCUCUUGUAUCUAGGGUACUUUUGGACCGUCGGAACCUCUGCCACUCCCCUUCUGGCAUGGUAUGCCAUGCAGGAAAAGGAAUCGUGGAGGCUGUUUUUGCUACUUUGCAGCAUCCCCUGUUGGUUCAGCAUGAUCUUUGGAUAUCUUUGGGUGCCAGAGUCUCCUCGGUGGCUAUUGACGCAGGGCCGGGACGAGGAAGCCCUGACCAUUCUCCAAAACGCUGCCAAGAGCAACAACCAAAACGCCGACAAGGUGUAUCCGCCAGGUACCAUUCUUACAGAUUCUUCAGAAGAUGAACAAAUGGACAGCAUUGCCAGUCUGUUCAUGCCACAAUGGCGAUCAAUGGUGAUCUGUAUGUUACUCGUGUGGGCCUUUUUGGACUUUAUCUAUUGGGGUACCAUCCAAGUUGUGACCCUUGUCUUUGCCGAGUUUGAGGGCAAUCUCAAGCUGUUUGAGGAUGGCGAACAAUACGCGUAUGAUUACGGAGCCAUCUUUGGUAGUUCCUUGGCAGAGAUCAUUGGACAAACUGCAGUGUUGGCUCUCAUCGAUCGCGUAGGCAGGGUUCCAACGCAGGCGGUGGCAUAUGCAGCCGGGGCCUUGUCUGUCUUUUGUCUCUGUUUGGUAGCUUACAUGGAAGAUACGGGCAGUGAAACCGAACGGUAUAUAUUGGUCCUGUUGGCGUUUUGUUCCAGAAUGUUCAUCAUGGCAGCUACCAGUGUCACAUGGGUCCACACAGCAGAAAUGCUGCCAACUCAAAUACGAAACACGGCCCAUGCCGUGGCAGAUGCCCUGGCUGGAUCUGGAGGCGCUCUCAGUCCCUUUAUCGUGUCUCCAGAUCAUUCCAUGUUGACCAUUGGCAUUGUCAUGGGAACAAUCACGAUCACGACGGCUUCAUUGACGUGGAUGCUCCCCGAAACAAGAGGCGUUGCCUUGGGCACGGCCAUUAGUCGGGCCUCGUCACCUAAAACCUCGCCUUCACCAUCCACGCUGGAUGGCAGCAAUGAUCAACAUGCAGCAGAUACACUCACAAUGGAGGAAGCAAUACCACGGGACAAAGAAGACGACGUUGUGGAAGCUGCAGACGACAGCGAAAAGGGAGACAAGGUCGCCCUGGAAGAAAAUGUCAUCGAGGCGGUAGACGACGAUGUCGUGGAAACGACGAACGACAAAAACAUUGAGACAGAAGCUUCCAAGGAUGUUAGUGAAGCGGCGGAUGAAAACGUUGGAAGUACGGAUGCACAAAACACUGAUGCUGCAGGUGACAAUGCCGCUGAACAAGUCAUUCAAACGACGGGCACACAAGGAAGUUGGGAGGAGCUAGAGGCAGGAGAAGAAGAACGAAUAGCAGCAUCAUAGCCCCUGCUGUCCCUUCCUCCAUCCCCAAGCUGUCACCAUUUGGGAACGCUUAAAUAAUAAAGUCAUAUUAUAAUAACACUACACUCAAGACUCAAGAACAUAGGUGUUGACUUCAUCCCCGAGGAAGUUCCCAAGUGGCCACAUGCCUAGCUAGUAUUUUAAAUCCCUCGCUUCGAUCGAAAUUGGUGGUCAAGGAGGCGAACUGAAAGACUCAGCUGCGAGUUGUGUCCGCCGUACCCGCGCACGGGAGAUGGACAAUUGUAGGUUCGAUGGUUAGCUGAUGGUCACAAAGAGAGCUCAGAGCUUUGACCCCGGAUAUUAACACUGAGCAGUAUCUGGCUAUGAUACUAGGAGACGAGGAGGAGCUCGCUCUGGUAAAGCUAGUAUGUGGCAGUGAGGAUCUUUGUGUGACCUCAUUUAGGCGUUGCCCUCCUCCCUCCAGCAACGCCCAGAUGAGAAAAGAUUGGCUGCAGCAUCAUUCUAGGCAGACCUAUCCUCCUGCCCCGCUUGUGCCCCUCUAGCUAAAAAUCUCUCUGUGGAUGGCUCUUACCUGGCAAGUACCGUAGCUACCGUAGUUAGCUAACUUAGCUU